GCCACCGCAAUAUGUUUUCUAUUCUCUGAAGCAUGGGUUGUAUACAAAGCAAGCCUGUCACGCAACAUAAGUUCUGUGAUACCUGGCCACAGCCGCCUGCAGCUGAUGGAAUAGUAGAAUGUGGCUGCCUAGGUUUACAACAAAAUGAUGGUCAGCCUGGUACCGGUAUUGCAGCGGCGAUCGUCAAUCUAGACUCCCAAGAGACAUCGACAAAACAUGCGGGCCUACCUUUGGACGCAGUACUGCGAAGGGCACCGACAGGCGAGCUGGCUAUUUUGGACGAGUUGCAGCUGCGUGCAGCCCUACAGCAUGCAUCUCAGCCUGUACUCGUUCUAACAGUCCCGUCACAGCUUCCUGCUCGUCCGGAGACGGACGUUUCACCGGAGGGGCUUCCAGACGCAUUGCUAAUCAGCACACCUGAAGAGACGAGCGAUGGAAAUGCAGCGGAACCAACUUUUAAGCUCUCAUACAUUGGAGAGGAAGCCCAUCUUAUGCUCACCACUGAGCAGGGCUUUACGGCGCUGCGAUGUGUAUUAGCCAACGAUGCCGCACUGCAGUCUCUGGGCUUGGAAGAUGAGCCGGCGGUAUUGGGCUUCCUGGCUCGCAGCUUCCACGCGGACCGGGGCCUGGUGUCGCUCUUCCAGGAUGCCGUCAAGCGGCUCCUGGCGGGACACCUGACGGCAGCCAAGCACUUCGUGCCUGGAGACUUUGGCCGGGACCGGUACUUCCUCAGCAUGCGGAUUUCGCCCUUUGCGUUCCGGGCAAGUACACCCUCAGCCAACUCCGAUGCCGCAACCGCUGCGGGUUCAUGUGCUUCAUCACCCUCAUGCUGCGCUACGGCGCCCUCCGGCUGCUGCUGCGGGUGCCUGGUGCCGGGUAUGCUGCUGGAGCUGGAUGUGCCGUACGAGGGCAAGGAGCUGGCGGCGCGGCUUCAGCGGGACUACCUCAUCCUCUCCAACAUCCCCUCCAUGGUCACCAUCUUUGACCUAAGCGGCAAUGUGCUGCACCAGAAUCGCUCCUCGGUGGCCUUCAUGGGCUACCUGGUGGGGGCGGGGCUCAGCCGCCGAGCCACGCAGCAACAGUACCAACAGCAGCUCCAGGCAGGAAACAGCAGCCGCAGCAGUGGCGGCCCGACUGCGCCCUGGGUGUUUCGGCAGCAACACCAG